GCCAGUCACUGCCACCAUAUAUCGGGCAUUAUUCAGUGCAUUUCAGUGACCAACGAACUUUUGCCGCGGCACGAUCAUCUUAGGACGAGCGACCGCCCGAAUCUCGGCGAAACCGGAAAAUUUAUUUCUAUAUUAUAAACGACGACAUAGAAUAUAAAUAAAAUGCGAGAAAUCGUGCACCUUCAAGUUGGCCAGUGCGGCAAUCAAAUUGGCUCCAAGUUUUGGGAAAUAAUCUCAGACGAGCAUGGUAUCGACCCUUCAGGCAACUACGUGGGAACAAACGAUCUUCAGCUCAAACGUAUCGACGUUUAUUACAACGAAGCAAGCCGCCACAGAUAUGUGCCACGAGCGAUUCUCGUGGAUCUCGAGCCUGGAACGAUGGACUCGAUUCGGAGUGGGCCCAUCGGGAUGCUCUUCAGACCAGACAACUUUGUCUUCGGACAAAGCGGAGCAGGUAACAAUUGGGCCAAAGGUCACUACACAGAAGGCGCCGAGCUCGUGGACUCGGUUCUCGAAGUGGUGAGAAAGGAGGCGGAAAGCUGCGAUUGUCUUCAGGGCUUUCAAUUGACUCAUUCAUUGGGCGGUGGAACAGGAUCGGGAAUGGGAACUUUGCUCAUAUCCAAAGUACGAGAAGAAUAUCCCGAUCGCAUUAUGAACUCAUUCAGUGUAUUCCCGUCUCCCAAGGUGUCGGACACGGUCGUCGAGCCUUACAACGCGACUUUGUCGGUGCAUCAACUCGUUGAGAACACUGAUGAGACUUUCUGCAUCGAUAACGAGGCUUUGUACGAUAUUUGCUUCAGAACGCUCAAGCUCAGCUCACCGACGUACGGUGAUCUCAAUCAUCUUGUUUCUCUGACCAUGUCCGGUGUAACGACGUGUUUGAGAUUCCCGGGUCAACUGAACGCCGACCUGCGAAAGCUCGCCGUGAACAUGGUACCGUUCCCGCGUCUCCAUUUCUUCAUGCCUGGAUUCGCGCCCCUCACUGCAAGAGCCUGUCAGCAGUAUCGAUUCCUCUCGGUUCCCGAGCUCACGCAACAGAUGUUCGAUGCGAAAAACAUGAUGACCGCGUGCGAUCCGAGGCACGGUCGUUACUUGACGGUGGCGGCGAUAUUCCGUGGCCAAAUGUCGAUGAAAGAGGUCGACGAACAAAUGCUCUCAAUUCAAAACAAAAAUUCGGCUUACUUCGUCGAGUGGAUACCGAACAACGUCAAAGUCGCGGUGUGCGACAUUGCUCCGAGAGGAUUGAGCAUGUCGGCUACCUUCAUCGGUAAUUCCACUGCCAUUCAAGAAAUAUUCAAGCGCAUUAGCGAACAAUUCACCGUCAUGUUCAGGAGAAAGGCUUUCCUGCAUUGGUACACCGGUGAGGGUAUGGACGAGAUGGAAUUCACCGAGGCGGAGAGCAACAUGAACGAUUUGGUUUCGGAGUAUCAACAAUAUCAGGAAGCGACUGCCAACGAUGAAGAAACUUUCGAGGAUGAAGAAGGAUUGGAAGAGGAGGCAGCAGAUUAAAGAACGAUGUAUAUUUUCAUUAUUUUAUCGAAACGAAUAACACUCCCCGCUAGUUGCGUCGUUGUUGAAGAUUCGAGUGAUUCCUGAGAAUCACCCGCGACCACUUUUUUUCAACAAAUGUCGGUUCGUUUGAGCGGAACUCUCGUAGGUAACGAAUACCAACGACAAGGCCAUUUUCCUAUUUAGUUAUUGAUUUUGUGUCCCUCGCGAAAGUAUUUGUAAGGUAAAUGCCUUCAUAAGACUGUCAACUCUGCUACCACCUAAUUUCUAUACUUUAGAUGAAACAUUGACUCGUGUAAUUUCAAUAAAUUUGUGACAGAAAUUCGACCGUCAAACUAGGCGAAAUCAUGCGAUAAAUAAAUUUAGAUCGACGCCAGAACCAUCGGAACCUUUUGUUUCAACAGAGUUCAUGAAACUUUCUUCUGGACUGUAAAAUUGAAUAAUCAGGACGAAAAACAGUGACAGAGGAGGCAAGACGAAUAAAAAAACUCCAAAAAAUAAUUAGAAUGAUUUGAGGGGCUCAUUUUUUUUAUAUUUUUUUAAACAAUUUUUUUUUUUGGACGCCCAACCUUUCAGAAUUAUUAAAAUUGGAAAUGAGAGACCUCCUUCCCCCUCAUUGUUUUGUAGACUAUUCCUAGAUUGAUGAAAUAAAAAUGAAUAUAAAA